AUGUCCCUGACCCUCCGAAAAAGUGGACAUAUUUACCCCUCCGUUAGAGUCGCUCCGUUUGCCCUGACGGAAAAUAGUGACGUGGCUCCCGUGGCGCUGACCUGGCCGUUACGGGCUGCCACUGUGAAGGUGAAGCGGGUGAAGGAAGAAAGGGAGCAUUCCGACCCAUGGCAUCCGACGGAGCUCGGCCACAAGUCCGACGGCCAGACCAUCGAGUGGCUCCUCUGCCAGGCCGAGCCCUCAAUCAUCGCCGCCACCGGAACCGGAACCACUCCCGCCAGCUUCUCCUCCGUUUCCGUCUCCGUGUGCGGCGGUGCUGGCUCUCUCUCUUCUCCUUCCUCAACCUCCGCAUCGUCUUCGCUCGACCACAAGUCCUUGCUCGCUCCCACUCCCUUCAUACUCGGCAAGUGCUUACGCAGUGACGACGACGCUUCCGCCAAGGACGAUGACGUCUCCAAGGGGAUUAAAGUGUGUUUGGAGGGGUGGGGAGAAACGGUGUCGUUUUGGGGUGAGAGGACUAAUAUGUCCUGUUUUGAAAAACUAUACGUUUUGGAUCAUAAUUACAAGUGGGAGCUAGAGUUCCAUACAGUCAAACACAAGGAUCUCAGGCGAAGUAGAACAUCAAGUGUUUCAGAGUGGUGUGGGUGUGGCUAUCGUCCUAUUCUCUGGUGGUCUACAACAGAGUCUAAUCCUAACAAAUCAUUCUUUGAGUAUUCUAACUACAAUGUCAGUGGAAAGAUGUGGUAUAGUUUGUUUGUCUGGACUGACAUUGGACAAGAAGACGUCGGUGGAAGGGUGACUUCUACUGAGGAUAUUGACCAAGUGAGGAUGAAUUUGGCUUGGAGAAUUGAAAAGUUAAAAGCUAAAGUUAGAAUCCAAAAAUUGUACAUGUUAUUGUUGGCUCUGUUUAUAGUGUUUGUUGCUGGUUUCAUUGACUUGAAGUCUGGUGUUGGAAUAAAUAUCAAGAAGUUGACCAGUCUGAAAGUUGUGGUUGAGCUUGUUCCUUGCAGUGAAUCUAUAGUGACUAAUCCUAAUGGUGAGAACCUCCUUCUAAUCUGCAACUUGGAUAACUUCGGAGUAUCAUGCAACAAGGGACAUGUAAUUGGUCUUGAUUUGAGUGAGGAAUUUAUCACUGGAGGUUUAAACAAUUCUAGUCUCUUCAACCUGCAGUAUCUGCAGAGUUUGAACUUGGCUUACAAUGUCUUUGGCUGUCCAAUUCCUUCUGACAUCAAGAAGCUAAAGAAUUUGGAGCAUUUGAACUUGUCAAAUGCUGGUUUUUAUGGACAAAUUCCGAAAGAGAUCUCUUACCUCAAAAAUCUGGUCACUUUGGACUUGUCCACUCCAUUUACCUCACAGAAUACUCUAGAAAUCAAGAAUCCGAAUGUAGCGAUCUAUUUCCAGAAUCUUACUGAGAUCAAAGAACUCUAUUUGGAUGGUGUAAGACUAUCUAGUGGCGGAAAGGAGUGGUGGCGAGCCUUAUCGUUGUUGCGAAAGCUACAAGUCUUGAGCAUGGCAUCAUGCAACUUAUCAGGGCCAAUUGAUUCUUCACUUUCAAAACUUGGCUCACUUCGAGUGAUUCGACUCAACCUGAAUAAUAUGUCAAGUUCUGUGCCAAAGUUCUUUGUUGAUUUCGCUAAUUUGACAACCUUGCAACUCGGUAGCUGCGGCCUGACUGGUGUCUUUCCAAAGGGUAUCUUCCAAAUUCAAGCACUGAAGAUUCUUGAUGUAUCUGACAAUGAACAUCUCCAAGGAUCUUUGCCAGAACUCCUACAAGAUGGAUAUCUUCUAGAAGCAUUGAAUCUCAGCAAUACAAAUUUCUCUGGGCAGUUAGUAAGUUCUAUUUCAAAUUUGAAGCAUUUGUCAACUUUAGAUCUAUCUAACUGCCAAUUUAAUGGGACACUCUCUGCUUCUUUAUCCGAACUUGCAAAGUUGGUCCAUUUGGACUUGUCAUUCAAUAAAUUCACUGGUUUUCUUCCAUCUUUUAACAAGUCCAAGAAUCUCCAAUACUUGUCCCUAUUUCACAAUGAAUUGAAUGGAGUUGUUUCUUCUACUCUUUGGGAAGGACUUUCAAAUCUCCACACAAUUGAUUUAGGUGAUAACUUCUUCAGCGGGAGAGUUCCUUCAACUCUCUUCACACUUCCAUCUUUACAAGAGCUUACCCUGUCUCAUAAUGAAUUUGAAGGUUUCUUGGAUGAAUUCCCAAAUGCAACAAACUCCAAGUUAGAAUUGGUUGAUAUAAGUAUCAACAAAUUACAAGGGCCUAUUCCUAUGUCAUUUUCUCUUCUUAAAAGACUUAGCUUGCUCCAACUUUCACUGAAUCAAUUCAAUGGCACCAUAAAGCUUGAGAGAUUUCAGACACUACCAAAUCUAGAUGUUUUAGGCCUUUCACAUAAUAACUUGUUAGUUGAUGCAACAACCAUUGAGAAUAAUCCUAGCCUUCCUCCAUUUCCUAGAUUAUCAAUGUUGUUGUUAGCUUCCUGCAAGUUAAAGGAAUUCCCAAGUUUCUUGCGAAAUCAAUCCCAGUUGCGGCUUCUAGACCUUUCCAACAACCAAAUUCAUGGAACAAUUCCUAAAUGGAUUUGGAAGUUUGAGUUCAUGAUUAUCUUGAAUCUUUCCAAGAAUUUUCUCACAGACUUGGAAAAGCCCUUUGAAAAUCCAGGGUCCAAUCUUCUCCGGCUUGAUCUUCACUCGAACCAACUUCAGGGGACGGUUCCAAUGAUCACGAAAUAUGGAUCACAUUUGGACUAUUCAAGCAACAAAUUCAACUCUUUCCCAAGUGACAUUCACAAGUAUCUUCAGUUCACAUAUUUACUUUCAUUUUCAAACAACAGCUUUGGUGGACAAAUUCCUGAAUCCUUUUGCAACAGUUCUUCUCUCCGGUUGCUCGAUCUUUCCCAUAACAACUUUGAUGGCUCAAUUCCUGAGUGUUUGACAGCAAGAAACGAUAAUCUUCGAGUAUUGAAUCUUGCUGGAAACAAACUCACAGGUCAUAUUCCUGAUACACUCUCCAAUUCAUGUAAUUUGAGAGUAAUUGAUCUUGAUUCAAACACCUUGGUUGGUGCCAUUCCAAAGUCUCUGGCUUACUGUCAAAAGCUUCAAGUCUUGAACCUGGGAAACAAUAUGCUCAACAAUGAAUUCCCAUGCUUUCUAGGCAACAUUUCCACCCUCCGAGUGCUGAUUUUAAGGUCGAACCGACUCCAAGGUCCUAUCAGAUGCCAACAUAGCACUAAUAAUUGGGAGAUGCUUCAUAUUGUUGAUCUAGCCUCCAAUAAUUUGACUGGUAUGGUAUCUGGAUCUCUCUUGCAGAGAUGGACUAAAAUGAUGGGUGAUGAUAAUGAAGCUCAUAAAAGAUAUGGAAGUUUGUUCUUUGACAUGUUUGAUAAUCAUGAUACCAUACGUUUUAAGGAUUUGAUCACUAUCAUUGACAGAGUCAUAGUAAUGAAAUUGAAUCAAAUGUUAGUAGGAGAAUCUCCUUCUGUGGUGGAUCACUUGUUUGCUUAUCUUGUGACUGCGAAUGAACUUGGAGGCCGGUAUUUGGAUUCAGUUACAGUUGUCAACAAAGGGUCACAUAGAAAUUUCAUCACAGUUCCUUCCAUCUUUACUGCAUUGGAUCUCUCAUCCAACCAUCUUGAAGGUCCAAUUCCUGAAGAGCUUGUGAAUUUGAGAGCACUUCAUGUUCUUAACUUGUCACACAAUGCAUUUUCUGGUCACAUUCCAUCUUCUAUAGGAAACUUGAUGAAUCUUGAAUCCAUGGACCUAUCAUAUAACAAUUUGAGUGGAAGGAUCCCUACUGAGAUUUCAAGUCUAUAUUUUCUAUCAGUGUUGAAUCUCUCCUUCAAUCAUUUGGUGGGGGAAAUUCCAACAGGUUCUCAGAUUCAGACUUUUGAUGCAUACUCCUUUGAAGCCGCCUCUGAACCUCACCGUGCUGUUAGUCCCGCCGCCGCCGAUGACGCCGCCUCCCUCCUCUCCUUACACCUCCCGUUCGCUGUGACAUCUCCAUUUGCAGCCGCCAUUGCAAACCCUAGCCUUCAUUGCAGCCGCCGCUCUUCUCACUGCCGAUGA